GUUACCGCUUAUACUCGACCAAAAAGACUUACAGCUGCUUACCUUUCUCCAGCAAGGGUUGUUUACCUCCAAAUACCCCACUUCCUCACAUAAACCAGGAAAAAUGGACACACGCUUCACUCGAGGGAAAUCCAACAUCUUAGAGCGACCCCUGACCCGACCCAAGACAGAAGUCAGCGUGAGCGCUUUCGCCCUGCUGUUCUCUGAGAUGGUGCAGUACUGUCAGAGCCGCGUGUACUCUGUGUCUGAGCUGCAGACGCGCCUGGCUGACAUGGGCCAGAGUGUGGGAGCCAGCAUGCUGGACGUGCUUGUGCUGAGAGAGAAAAACGGGAAGAGGGAGACCAAAGUGCUGAACAUGCUCCUUUUCAUCAAGGUGAAUGUGUGGAAGUCUUUAUUCGGGAAGGAGGCUGACAAACUGGAGCAGGCCAACGACGACGACAAGACUUACUACAUCAUAGAAAAGGAGCCGCUUAUCAACGCGUACAUCUCUGUGCCCAAAGAGAACAGCAGCUUAAACUGCGCCGCUUUCACCGCAGGCAUCGUGGAGGCCAUCCUCACACACAGCGGCUUCCCCGCCAAAGUCACCGCCCACUGGCACAAAGGCACCACGCUGAUGAUCAAGUUUAACGAGUCAGUCAUAGCCAGGGACAAAGCUCUGGAUGGCAGAUAAGGAAGACUGGAGGGACCAGGCGGUUAUGUUAAUCAAUACAGGAUCAAAUCAUUAUGGUCCAGUUUCUUUUUUUUUAACUCUGGCUCUUUGUUCUUGAAAUGUGGAGAUGUGUUCAUCCCUGUGGUGACUUUAUGGAAGAACGGAUGAACCAAACGUCCUGAGCCAGAAAAGAUGCAGCUAAAUGGUUCAGUGUUCCAAGUCUGUGUGGAUCAUCUCACUCCUGUUAUACCUCAUGAAGUGACACAACUUUCUAACAUUUACACCACUUACAUUUACUUGAGAUGUGUGGCUUCAUAUCACAGUAAUUCAGGGUUUUCCAAGCCCACCUGGUCAUUGUAUUUUAAUUAAAUAACUUCAUCACACACCACACUGGAUGAGAUGUAUUCUUGAUAAGUUUGUAGGGAUGAUUAAGAGAAAAAUUAAUCAGCUAUUCAAAGUCAUUUAGGAGGCAAACAUUUCCUGGUUCACAGCUUCUUAAAUGUGAUUUUCUCACUAAUAUUUGACUCCAUUGCUCAAGAUGUCCCUCAGGGCUCUUGGAAAUUGUGAUGGCCACUUUUAUAGACCCAAUGAUUAAUUGAUUAAUUAAAAAUAUUAACAUAUUAACUCAAAAUGCAAAUAGUCUUGAGUUACAGUCAUGGCCACAUAGGGUGAAAGUGAAACUAAGCAACCUCCAGUUUUGUCAAUAAAGUAAAGUAUUGUCACAACACUUCUUUUUAUGCUGCAAAAUAUUAUUAUUUUACACACAGGGUCCAUGAUAUAUUUAUUUAAAUUUCUUAUAGUUUUCAUUCCAGGUCAACUCCAUCUUCAUGUCAUCUCAGUAAAAUAGUUUCAUAUUUAGCUACCAUCGAGAAUGAGACUGUUUUUAUUUGAUUGUACUUGUAAUAGUUUUACAUGCACAUAUAUGGUGUGUGUGUGUGUGAGUAGGGAGGUAUUGGUAAUAUGGGAGAUUUUGCUUUCUACAUUAAGAAUCAUAGACAUGCAGGGUACAGUAUUUUAUAAGCUGUCUCCAGUAUUUUUAGCCUCAAGAAAUUUGAAGUUUUAUUAUUUUAAAGUCAAGAAACUAAGAAAUAAAGACACGCUUCACAAUUAAGGAUUUGAAACACAGUGUAGGAUGUGUAGAAAAUGAAUCGGAACAAUUCCUAAGUAUCUUUUUUUU